GGCGCGAAUAAAAACCCCGGAAUUCGGCGGAAACCCAGUAGACGGUUGCGCGCAUUUCUCGAAUGUCGUUCGAUUUUUCUGCAUCGGCGAGAGCACGGGCGCAUUUAUUCGAAACUAAUAAACUUGACAUUAACGGUCACCAUGAAAGGACUGUUUCUGGCACUUUGCUGGCUGACGUUGCUCCUAGGACUCAGUCACGCGGCGGAUCCGGGAUGCACCUACUACCAACAAUUAGCCCCAUCCAAUGUUUAUUACAUCUACAACCCUAACUACCCUUAUUCGUAUAGUCGCGGACAGUCGUGUCUAUGGACGAUGAAGAGUGAUUACAAAAUCAACGUGACCUGCGAGGUUGUGCUGCCGCAGAGCUUUGAUUGCCUAGCGGAUCGUCUACUGGUUCAGACCGGUGAUGGCCAGAAACAUAAAUACUGCGGCAAUGGAAAGUUCAGUCUGCUGUCUGAUGGACCUGAUUUGAGUGUGGAGUUAAUAGCACCUUUUUACACUACGGGUGGAAGAUUCCUGUGCGAAGCGAGAGCGGUCAAGAGGCCUUAUGACUCAGAGAACUGUGAAUGUGGACGAAGAAAUCCUAGCAGAAUCGUCGGUGGCACGGAUGCAGGUGUGAACGAGUUCCCUAUGAUGUGCGCUCUAGUGAAUGUGCAAACCUACGAGCCUUUCUGUGGUUGCAGUAUAAUACAUAACAAAUACGUGUUGACUGCCAGCCAUUGCAUCGGGAAGAAGAAUACCUCGGACAUCCUCAUUUUGGUCGGUGAACAUGAUUACAAGAACGGUACCGAGACGCCAUUCGCUGCAAUUUACGGAAUUGGAAAGAUAAUCAUUCAUCCAGACUACAACGCUAAGACUCGCAUGAACGACAUAACCGUCCUGCGUUUAAUUUCCGACAUCAAGUACAACCAGGCAGUCGGCCCAGUUUGUCUGCCGUUCCAACAUUCGCCGGACACCUUCGGAGGCGAUUUGGUUGAAUUAUUGGGUUGGGGUGCCGUGGAGUACGCCGGCGAGCCGUCGACCACCCUUCAAAAGGUCACUUUGAGCGUGCAGACGAACCUCCAGUGUCAGAAGAAUUAUCCAGGUGUAUCCGUCAAUCAAUUGUGCACUUACGCCCCGGACAAAGAUUCCUGCGCGAUGGAUAGCGGUGGACCCGUUCUAUGGCAGAAUCCGACAACCGAGAACCUCGUGCUAACGGGAAUCAUUAGUUACGGGAUUGGUUGCGCGGUGGUGGGCAGCGUGAAUACCAGAGUCGGCGCUUACAUAGACUGGAUUACCUCUGUCACCCCAGAUGCCACUUACUGCGUCGUCGAAUGAGAACGCUACAUGAUCGGCUCGGCUCGAGUGGAUCCGAGCCGCUAUCGAAAUCGCGGCAGGUCGUGCCAGUAAUUCCGCUGACGGUGCAGUUCGUGUUUUCACAAGCGCAUUCUCCAGUCCAGCCUGGCCAGCCUGACCGCCUAUAUAUUUGCUCAAAAACACGGAAUAGUACAAAUAUUACUUAGCUUAUACGUUAUCAUUGUUAAACCGUAUUCUUUGCUCAAUAUUCAAGUAUAAUAACUAGCGUAGGGGUUGAACGAAUGAUCUAGAAAUAAUCUAACGCUCUAACUAUCAAGUGAGUCAAAGUUAACGCUAGAUUUACUGACACUUAUUUUACACUUUAUUCUAUCGUUUCCAGAAGACUGCAUGUUUGUUUAUAUAGAUCGCAGAAAUUAGUGUUUUAAGAACAGAGCAUUCUAAAGUGUAUUCGUAAAUAUAAUAUCCGCCAAAUUGGCAGGUUCUAUGAAUCUGGUGUUAACCGUCCUUGGUUUCUUCUUACUGAAUUAUUGAAAGAACACAGAAGCUUCUCUUGGGAUUUAUUAAGUAAACAAAUUAAUCUCGGCAAGACUGCUCUUGAAGUUUCUAAAGAACGAUGAAGGAAAGACGAUUUCGCAACUUGAUAGUUUCAGCGUGAAAUAGAGCUAAGACUGGGGAGAAGAUUAAUUUUACUUUCGACGAAAAAUACAACGAGAGACUGUGUAUAUACCGAGUGACUCGAACGUAACUGUCUCGACGACACUUGUCUAUCGCGUCUGCUUCGAAUUUGACGAAGCCCUUCCUCUGUAACUUCAAUCGUAUGUACGCGAACGUACCUGGAAUACACAUGCAACGGCACGUUA